CAAAACUCCUCAGGCUCUCUCUUCUCUCUCUCUCUCUCUCUCUCUCUCUAACCUCUUCUUUUCUACUUCUUCCGUCUUUCUCGCUAUCUCUUAAUUCUCUCUUUCUCUCUAUGAUUCCUGUUUUAGUAAUCCCAUUCUCUUCUCAUUAAUUCAUUCAUUCCAAUUUUCUCCACCAAAACCCAACCCUAAAGAAAGUGCCAUUGUUGAAUUAGGAAACCAUUUCUGCGUUUUCUCUCUUUGCUCUGCUUCGACGUUCUUUCCCUCUCCGCUUCCCUUAAAAUCCAUCUGAGUUGUAGAAACCCAUUUCAGAUAAGAGUUUUUAGAAGAAACCCAAGAAAUUCUUUCUUCUUUCUCCUCUCACAAAUUCUUUGUGCGGGGUUUACUGCAAUACCGUGUUUGUUUUCGUCAAUGGCUGUGCCUUCGACCGUCCCUGCGCCUGCUUCGCUUUACGUUGGGGACCUUCACCCUGAUAUCACUGAUGGACAACUCUUCGAUGCCUUCUCCGUCAUCGAGAACCUUGCAUCUGUCAGGGUUUGCAGAGAUUCCAUGUCUGGGAGAUCGCUUGGUUACGGUUAUGCAAACUUCAUCACUACCCAUGACGCAAUCCGUGCAAUUGAGAAACUGAACCACACUCCACUGAAUGGAAAACCGAUUAGAAUUAUGUGGUCGCAUCGUGAUCCAGACGCAAGGAAGAAUGGGAUUGGAAAUUUGUUUGUGAAGAAUUUGAAUGAUUCUAUUGAUAAUGUGAAACUUUAUGAGAUGUUCUCCGAGUUUGGAAACAUAUUAUCCUGCAAAGUUGCAAUGUCUCUGGAUGGAAAGAGCCAAGGAUAUGGGUUUGUACAGUUUGAGACUGAAGCAUCUGCGAGUACUGCUGUUGAGAAGCUUAAUGGCUCCAUUUUUGGUGGUAAACAAAUAUAUGUUGGUAAUUUUGUCAAAAAGAGUGAGCGGGUUUUACCCAGCCCUGAUGCCAAAUAUACCAAUCUGUACAUGAAGAAUCUGGAUACAGAUAUUACAGAAGAACUUUUGCAGGAAAAGUUCUCUGAGUUUGGAAAAAUUACUAAUCUGGUAAUCUCAAAGGACAGCAAUGGGAACUCAAGGGGUUUUGGAUUUGUGAACUUUGAUGACCCUGAUGAUGCAAAACGGGCAAUGGAGGCAAUGAAUGGAACACAACUUGGCUCGAAGGCUUUGUAUGUAGCAAGGGCACAGAAGAAAGCAGAGCGGGAGCAAAUAUUGCAUCGUCAGUUUCUGGAAAAACGCAAGGAGCAAAUCCAGAAAUAUAAGGAUUCAAACAUUUAUGUAAAAAAUAUUGCUGAUGAUAUCAAUGAUGACGAAUUGCGAGAACACUUUAGUCAGUGUGGAACAAUCACUUCUGCAAAGCUCAUGCGUGAUGAUAAAGGAAUUAGUAGGGGGUUUGGGUUUGUGUGCUUCUCUAGUCCAGAAGAAGCAACCAAGGCUGUGAAUACUCUGCAUGGAUGCAUGUUUUGCCAAAAGCCUUUGUAUGUGGCUAUUGCCCAAAGGAAAGAGGACAGGCGAGCACAAUUGCAACUUCAAUAUUCCCAGCGUAUUACAGGAUUAGCAGGUCCCUCAACUGCAGUCAUUCCUGCUGGUUAUCCUCCUCUUUAUUACACACCUUCCGGUGUUGUAUCACAAAUUCCUCCGAGGCAGGGCCUUAUGUAUCAACCUUUGGGUUUGAGACCAGGGUGGAGGGCCAAUGGAUUUGCACCUCCAACCAGACCAGCUUUUCAACCUAUGCCACUACCUGUGGUUCCUAAUACUUCAAGACAUAACAGACAGAAUAGGAGCAGGAUGAAUGGCCAUAUACUUCCUCAGGGUGGUGGACAAAAUAUGCAAUUUAUGCCACAUUUGCAACAACCUACUCAAUCAGCUAAUUCAUUGAAAGAUUCAAGUAAUCCGCAGCGUGCUGGACAGACCAAAUAUGUGUCAAAUGGGCAUCCUCAUGAUAUGAGCAACGGAUCUGCAGUUCCAUUAGCUGCUGCUUCUAACUCUGUUGGAUCUGCAUCCCAAGGAUCAGAGAUGUUGAGUAGCAUGCUUGCUGCUGCUACACCACAGCAUCAGAAACAGAUGCUUGGUGAGCGCCUCUACCCCCUAGUGAAGAAACACAAGUAUGAUCUAGCAGCUAAAAUAACUGGGAUGCUUUUGGAGAUGGACAACUCUGAAUUACUGCUGUUGUUGGAAUCGCCGGAGUCCUUGGCUGCUAAAGUGGAAGAAGCAGUGCAGGUGCUCAAGCUAUCCAAGAAUAAAGUAGCUGGCCAAGAUGCUCUUAUUCCCAACUACUUAUCGACUCAGGUUACUGUCAUCUGAGAGACUCCCCCUCUCCUCCCUGCUUUUCUUUUCAAUCCUCCCUUUUCUAGAAUUGGGAUGGUUAUCCCCUAUGGUCUGUGAUUGGAGCUUAGAAAUCCAUUUUUUUGAUAGUUGAUAGUCGAACCUUCAAUCCAUUCUGCGGCUAUUUCUUUUUCUCCCUUUUGGUAGAGCAUAGAAUGUAACUUUUGAAAAACAAAUGCUAGUUUUUUGAUAGCUAGACUAUUGCGCCUCUGGGUUUGCUUUUAAAA